ACGGAUCAGCUCUCGCUUACGUGUAAAGCCCCUGAACGCUCAUUGUCCUCCCAAUCGGGCCAUUGCACCGGCGCGCUCUGGCCAUCGUGCUUUUGGAGUCCGACCAUUCAUCCGCAGUGCGGCGUCGUACACGAGGCCGCAAACGAGAUCAUAAGCCAGCUGAUACCAAAUGGGUCAUGAUCAAGGCAAAGGGCCAGGGGUAUAAAGGCAGAGGACCAAAGGGCAGCUUUGCUCGUCGACCCGCCCCGCAGCUUUGAGCAGUGACCGUCGGUGCCUUUGCCCCUUCGCGCUGUCUGCCACUGUCUUGCCACUCCCCUAAACCAGUCUCCUACGCUUCUCAUGGCAAGCGUCAACACAGACACGCGCGCGGUCUCCAGGGGCCCACGUACGCCCACUAAGUCCUUGGCGAAGACGCCCUCGGGUCGCUCCGUGAUUGAGGACGCAGAGAACAUCUACGUACCUUCGCCUGAGGUCGAUCGCUACUCGUCAGUCUUCGGUCUCAAGUCCAAUUAUGGGUCCGAUUUCGAAAUUACCGACUCCUUCACGAGCUCGGACGGAUCACCCAUCCCUCCCCCGAAUCGCCGCCCGGUCCUCCAGACCAUUUCGCCCUCACAGUCCCAGGAUUCGAUUCUCCCGAGCGCGAAGUCGAGCCCAAUCCCUGGGAUUUCGAGCCAAGUUCUCGGAAAGUCCAAUCCUCCGCGCGCUAAGAAGGGCCUGGCGCGCACCGAGACGAUCGUCAUUCCCGCGAGCGAUGCGUCUGGUGCCCAAGGUAGUGAGCAGCGCCAGCUGCCCCCGCCUCCGACGCAGCAGUCGGCUGCACGGCCCCUACCUUUGCCUCCCAAUCAGCAGCUCUCGCCUCCCACGCAACGUGCCCUUCCCGCUGGCCGGUAUUUGGCUCCCAGCAAGCAGAACGCGCUGCCAGCUGGUCGGUUCUUGGUUCCCGCCAAACAAUUCCAGCCCCCGCUGCCUGCCAAGCAAUACCAAUCAUCUCCUACGGUGGCUCAACCCAAGACAUCGACCACCGACGCGCUCGCUCGGCCUCGUCCCAUCCGCCCGUUCUCAAAGCCGACCCUGCCUCCCGGCUCGUACCCGGUGCCGACGAGGCCCGCUCCGCCGCCUCCUGCGGACAAGAAGGUGAAGCGGAAGCCGGUCGUCUAUCCGCAGGGAGUUGAGCCUCUUGUGGGAGCCAAGGGUGAGGGUGAGAGGGUACAUAAGGGCGCUAAGGGAGAGUUGGGCGGUGAUGAUGGUGCUGCUAACAAGACGAACGGCGACGUCUUCACCCUAGGGCCUGCAAGGGACCCGGUGUUUACCCGCCCGACGCAUCCCAAGCCACUCCCUCCGUUUCCCCCUGCUGUGCACGGGGCUCAGCCGGUCUUCACCCGACCGGAUGGCCCGCUUCCCCCUCUCAAGAUCGACGCCACCUCUCGCGCCCUGCUGGCCAAGAUCACCCCUUCCCAGCCCGCCAACACCGACACGCACGCCACCUUCUCCCCAGCCCAAACCUCCUCCUCGCCGCGCCGGCGCCCGCUCCCUCCUCUGCCCGCCGCUCCUCCCUCGUCGCCGAUCGAUGGCGUCCCGCCCGCGCAUCCUCUGGUUUUGCCCUCGGCUGGUCUACCUUGGUCCCCUCGCGACAUCGAGGAGAGCAUCGAGCGAGCGCGGCGCGCCCAGCUCGCAUCGCGCGUCGAUUGCGCGUCGCGCUUCGAUGAGCCCUGCGGGUGUGCGGCGCACGUUAGCGUGGGCCGGGCUGCCCACGCCCACGCUGCCGACUCUGGCGAACCUGCCCGCGUCCCGGGCGCCAUCCACAGGAACAUCUCCGAGUGGGCGCGCAGCGUGCAGGCGGGCCUCGCGCCGGAGGAUGCGCCGGAGGUGUGGGUGGAGGAGGCGGUGGGUGGGGGUGAGAGAGCGGUCGAGGAGGACGAGGCGACCGAUGUCGAGGACGAGCAGGAGUACCGCGACGGGGCGCCAUACCCUGCCCUCGGGAGCGAGCCCUCGCCUUCCCUCGACAACGGCCCGUCCCCCGUCCUCGGCAACGGCUCUCCCACCUGGAGCGUGCAACCGCGCCGCCCCGCGUACGACUUCUCGGCGAUCGCGAGGGCCUAUCUCUCCUCGGCCGCGGAUGGUCGCUCUGCGGUUGGGAUCGAUCAGUCGGACGAGCUCGGUGACGGCAUCGCCAGACGAGGCCCGCUUUCGACCAUUGAGAAGGCCGCGUCCUACGCCCACGCACGGACUAUCGUCGACCCCGCGCCCACCUCUCCUACCGCGCAAUCCGACGUCUCAACCGAGCCCGACUCCACCGGGCCCUCCGACAGCGCCUACGACGCCUCGAUGAGCUCGAACCAGGAGUCGUCCUCCGACCAGGGCUCGGAUCGCACGCUGGCAGUGCCCGGACGCGCGUAGGGGGUGGUCGGCUGGAGGUUGUGCGCUGUGGUCGGCUGGAGGUCGUGCGUUGUGGUCAGCUAGACGACGUUCUUGAUUCUCCUUUGCUAUCUUUUUCUGUUUUCUCUCCGUCGUGGUUCUCUCUGUCCUCACCAAUGUUCUGUUCAUCGUCGGUCAACAUAUUCGUACUCACACCCUUCUAAUCUAACCAUUAUAACCCCCUCCGCUUCGUUGCUUCCCCGUCUACCUACUCACAGAUAUUAUCUAUCGCUCUAUGCUUACCUACUUUACUCACCUAUUUGCCUAUCGUUACCACUUGCUAUGCAAUAUAUGCGAGUUCCAUGCCU